GUCGCGGUGGGUGGAUGAGCAAUAUUUACAUAAUAUAAAUAUUAUUCAAUUUUUACGUUUUUAUUGUGGCGUGUAAAUGUAAAUUGCUCUGCUCUCGAAUAAUAAUCUAAUAAUAAUAUUUUUAUUGGCAAUACAUAUUUGUGUUAAAAACACGCGGCGAGCGAGCUCUUUAUCGCGUGUAAUUGUGGGAAAUCCACAAUCUUUCGUCGCGCUUAUCAAAAAUUCUGUGAAAAUAUCACUUGUAUGAGAUAUGCACAAUAAUAGUUAUGAUAUACAUACAUAAGUAUUCCAUGGAAUUGCGCUAUAUUUAAAUAACGUAUAUACAUUUAAAUAUAUCGUAUAAAUGUGAGUGUGUGUGUGUCCAGUGCAAAUUCGUUAUAAAAUCGUUAUUGUGAUAUGAAGCAUAUAGAUAAAAAACCGUAAUCUAAUUACUGUUAUUUAGCAACAAUAUUCACCAAUAUCCACCACAUCUUCAGAAUUCGUCACUUCGUGAAAGCGCCCGGAGUCGUAAAGCUUUAAGCGUCAACUAUUUCGAAAUUUUUAUUUGAUAAGCACAAUAAAGGAAGAGAACACUAAGCAGCUCAAUAAAACAAAAAUAAUAAAUAAAAAUACAACUAAAUAAAUUAUCAAAAUAAACGAUCGUUAAAUACACUUACUGCACGAAAGCACGUAUACAAAUUUAAAAACGAGCAAAUCUAUUAUACAUCAAAAAUGUUGACUUCAACGGAACGUCUCGACGCAACGAUCAGUUCAAAGCACAGUGACUAUGGCAGCACAACGUUAAAAAAUCGCGCUCCAACAACUAACGGUCAAGAAUCAACAGCCGAAAUACACAUUGCGACCGACGCAGCUGCACUAGUAUCGUGCGAAAAGAACAGUGAUCACAUUAAUAGUGACCAGUCAACGGAGCAUUAUCAUUCCAGUGACAGUGCGGCAGCUAGUGGAUCCGAUCGCGCCUAUCAGAGUCGCUCGAACCCGCUAACAACUUACACUUCAAGCCUCUUUGCCGCUGCGAGUAGUGUUUCCUCGCCGUCGCGUUUUCAAACACGCCAAUCCCGUUAUCCGCGUUACGCCUACAGUAAAAUGGAUUCGUAUAUCGAUGAGAAGUCCACCGCUCCGAAAUCCUUUUGGAAGACGGCUAGAUUUCUACGUUUCGAAACCUUUCUAUUUAUUUUGAACCAAAUGUGCAUUGGUUUUGUGACCAUCUACAUGAGCUGGCUGUGCAUCACCAAAGGUUUGCAGAAGACCCCACUGCAUGCGUGGUUGGUGACACUCGGAUACUCACUGUUGAUGGCCGAAGCGGUGAUGAUACACUACAACGCCAAUCCGCUGACGUCACACUACAAACGGCAUGAGAAGCACACAAUACACUGGGUGCUGCAACUGGCAGGCGGCGGACUGGGCAUGGGCGGUACGCUAUAUAAAUGCAUACAGAAGGGUUUUCUGCUAUCGAGCACGCAUGGCAAACUGGGUUUCGCCUCAUUCAUCUUCUGCUUGGUGUCUUGGCUAAGCGGUUUAACCGCGCUUUAUCAGCUCAAAAUGAAGGGCUGUGUACGUCCAUUAUUUAAUCGCACAUUCCACAAUUUGAUCGGCCUUACAUGCUUCGUACUAGCGCUUCUAGCUCAAUUUUAUGGUUAUCAAACGGGUUUCUUUAUAAGAGCUCACCCAGAUGGAUCCACUCUUCCCAUUUGCAUGAAAACCAUAACGCUCAUUUCGCUGGUGCUCUCUUGUAUUGGACCAAUAAAAGCGCUGCUGCAGAAGAUACGGAUCAUUGUAAGAGACUAAUAUUUCAUAUGUUUAUUGUGGCCAUCGGUCUGCAUUUGGACGUCCUCAUACUAUAUAUAAAUUAUAUAUUUAUAGUUUAUAAAGUGUAAUAUAUUUGCAUAUUCCAAUUUUUCAUUACAUUCUCUGUAAAAUUGUAUUCAUUAUUAUCAUUUAAAUUAAUAUAAAAUAAAUCUGAAAUGCUCAAUUUGA